ACGCCUUCCGAACGCCGGCGCGUCCCUCCGCUCGGCGCUAGCCCGCUGCUUCCCCCACGCACCCCGCACCGAGCCCGCGCUUGGUACGGCCCGCGCCGCCUCCUCGGCUCGUGAGGGAGGCUCGACCCCCUCCCGGGCCGCGGCUCUUGGUGCCGCCCGGGAGAACCAGGUCAUCGGCCGGUUCCCGUGAAAACAAAAACAAUCGGCAGCGCCGCCGGGGGGCAGCCGAACGCGGCGAGCCAGGGGGCCCGGGGCGGGACGCGGCGCCGGGUGGGGCGGGCGAGAGAGCGCGAGCGGCGGGGCCGGGGCGCCAUGGGGCGGGCGGGCAAGGGCUACGCGGGGCUACCCCGGCGCCGCGGUUAGCGCGCCCGCCUUACCUUAGCCUCCCGCGCCGCCCGCCGCCUUGGGGGACGAGGAGCAGGACGCGGCCUCGGUGGGGCCCGGGCCGAAUCGCUGCGGACCACCGAGCGCCGGGGAGCCGAGCGCCGCGGUCUCCGGCAUGGAUCAGUGCGUGACGGUGGAGCGCGAGCUGGAAAAGGUGUUGCACAAGUUCUCGGGCUACGGGCAGCUGUGCGAGCGCGGCCUGGAGGAGCUCAUCGACUACACCGGCGGCCUCAAGCACGAGAUCCUGCAGAGCCACGGUCAAGAUGCUGAAUUAUCAGGGACACUUUCACUUGUUUUGACACAGUGCUGCAAAAGAAUAAAGGACACUGUUCAAAAGUUGGCCUCUGACCACAAAGACAUCCAUAGCAGUGUUUCUCGAGUUGGAAAAGCCAUUGAUAAGAAUUUUGACUCUGACAUUAGCAGUGUGGGAAUAGAUGGCUGCUGGCAGGCGGAUAGCCAGCGACUUCUCAACGAGGUGAUGGUGGAACAUUUCUUCAGACAAGGAAUGCUGGAUGUAGCUGAGGAGCUCUGUCAGGAAUCUGGACUGUCUGUGGACCCAAGUCAAAAAGAACCAUUUGUGGAGUUAAAUCGAAUAUUAGAAGCAUUGAAAGUCAGAGUUCUGAGACCUGCUCUUGAGUGGGCAGUAUCCAACCGAGAAAUGCUCAUAGCCCAGAACAGCUCCUUGGAAUUUAAGCUACACCGACUCUACUUUAUUAGCUUGUUAAUGGGUGGAACUACAAAUCAGCGAGAAGCCUUACAGUAUGCGAAAAAUUUCCAGCCAUUUGCUUUAAAUCAUCAAAAAGAUAUUCAGGUAUUGAUGGGAAGCCUCGUGUACCUGAGACAAGGGAUUGAGAAUUCACCAUAUGUUCACCUACUUGAUGCAAAUCAGUGGGCUGACAUCUGUGACAUCUUUACACGGGAUGCUUGUGCCCUCCUGGGGCUCUCUGUGGAGUCUCCUCUCAGUGUCAGUUUCUCGGCAGGGUGUGUGGCGCUGCCCGCGCUAAUUAACAUCAAAGCUGUGAUCGAGCAGAGACAGUGCACUGGAGUCUGGAACCAGAAAGACGAAUUACCUAUUGAAGUGGACCUUGGUAAAAAGUGCUGGUAUCACUCCAUAUUUGCCUGCCCCAUUCUUCGUCAGCAAACAACAGAUAACAAUCCACCCAUGAAAUUGGUUUGUGGUCAUAUUAUAUCAAGAGAUGCCCUGAAUAAAAUGUUUAAUGGUAGCAAAUUAAAAUGUCCAUAUUGCCCAAUGGAACAAAGUCCAGGAGAUGCCAAGCAGAUAUUUUUCUGAAGAAAUGAGUUUGUUUGCAAUUUGUAAGUGAAACUGAAUUAUGGGUACAUUCGAGACGAGCGACCAUUGACUGCAGCUAUCCAAGGACUGCCGGGUUUAUAAGCUGUGCUCCAGAAGCUACUGACAUGCUAGUGUGCACGAGGGCGUGCUUCAGAUGGUGUUCCAUAGGGCUUUUAUCACUCUUGGUCUCCGUUUCUGAUCAAGUAAACACACCAGCAGUUGCCAUUCAGUGCAGGUUUUGUACUUACUAUAUGGUGAUUUUGUUACUUAAAAGCAGAAACAGAAGUUGACCUUCCUGACUUGUGUUUAAUAUUCCUGCUUUUACUUCUGUCAUUUUCUUGAUAAUUGUAAGCUUGAGCGUGUUUGUGGAAGAACUUUUUUUCUUGUUAUAUAUACAUAAUUAAAUGAAAAUUCUUUAUAGGAGUUUGACAAAGUGAAUUGUGGUUAUACAACGAAUUUGCUUUUUUGUUUCAUCUUUCUUUUUGGCUUAAGGAAGAAAGCUGUGAUAAAUUCCAGAUUUGUGUUUUGCUUUUUGAUUUUUUUCUCUGCCCUAGCUCUUGCUUCAAAGUCAGCACGCUUGCAUUUGAGUUCUGUCUGUAGCCCCAGCAGGCUUCCUAUUUAAAAUCCCAUCAUGAAUUUAGCCGGCAGAUGUGAGAAUGAAAGGGAUAUUACUGGGGCUUUGCUUUUAUUACCAAGAGGUGCUUUUUAAAAAGUAUAUUUAAUAAAUGGAAUUCCGAAGUAAGGGUGUUACUAAGUUGAUACAUGCUCUCUCGGUCUUAGCACCCCGUCCUUUGAAAUCUGCCUUCAAGUCUUGGCUGGGUAUCACAUUAGUUGUUCUCACAGACACACAGUGUUGUGCAUGUGGCUAUAAAUAUGUACACCAGCAUCAAAUACUGUAUAUGUGGAAGGGAAAAAGCAUGUUCCAGUUCAAGUGCAGUUGCCAGAGUCAUCACUUCAGGUCAUUGAGGGUAGACGCUAGCACCUUCUGUACUGGGGCACAUUGUUCUGUGUUGGAUUAGAUAUUGUUCACGCCUCUAUCCUGCAGUGUCUUCUUGAGUUAACUGUGGACCUGUAUAGUAAUCAAAUGGCUACAGAUAAUGUCUUUUCUUUUGUGAGGUGUCUUCAUUUAAUGCACUUCCCAGAAAGAGCCUUGCAUAAGAGUUAUUCUCUGUAUGAAGAACUACAUGGCAAAGACUUCUAUGAACAUAAUUCUGACUUAAACCCAUGAAAUACUUCACCUUGAGAAGAGUGCUGUGUGAAGGUCACCAAAUAGUCCACAACUUUGUUUCAUCUGACAUAGAUCUGAACAUCAACAUAGGAGUACUUUCAUGAGAAAAUGAAGUUGUAAACACAGAAGCAAAGAGAAACGUGACUCUUCCUAUUUUAAACUACAGAUGGACUCGAUUUAAGGGAAUGGGAGAACAGCUUUGGUGCUAAGUUAAUUAGAGAUUGCUGGUAUUCACAGUGGUGUACUAGCCUGGCUGGCUUGCUGAAAUGUUUACCUGGGAGAGCUGGCAUUUGCUUGUGAAGGGAAAGAAUAAUACUCAGAAAAGUCCUGUGGAAUGACCAUGUGGUCAGUUUCAUGGUGAUGGCUCCUGUGUGCUGUUUUGGUUAGCUGGGAUCAUGAUUGGCCCAGCUCAGAGUGCAUGCUUUGUUCAAACUCAGCCUGGUUCACAUGACUUCCGCUUCAUGUGAGAUGCUCUGUAAAGUCCCCAUAUCCCAUGAAGCAGUGAAAGAGGAGCAGAGAUGCCUCUGAACUGCAGGAGAAAAGGCAGAGUGCCAGGCAGUAUCCUGUUGAGGGUGUAAACUCGUUUACUAUAGAUAAGUUUUCCUUUGAAUUAAAUUCUAGAGUGUCAGGCUUUUUUUUUUUAAAUAACUGUUAUUCCUAAGCCAAAUUUAGUUUUUAGGGUUUUUUUCCCCCAUAACUUAUUCUUACCUUCCAACUUCAAACAUCUAUGUGACAUUUAGACUUCACAAAAAGUUUGUGUGAUACAGACGUGUUCUUGAGGCUGGUGGCAAAUCCUUUUUGGAAGCAAGACCCUUCAAAUAGUUGGCUCAGGCCAUUUUAAGGACAGAGGCUCUGCCUGGUCCUCCUGGUGCUGUGAGUCACAUUGGCAGUUUCUUGUGAAGCUCAUGAAACUUUAAAUUAAAGAAUGAGUUUAGCAAGUGUUUGGUCUUACAGCUUCCUCAGUAAGGUCUUAUAGCCCCAGUGGUCAAGGGCCAAGAAUAGAAACUUGAUCUGACGUUUUACCAUGAAAAUUAGGUUCUAGGCUCUUCUUUACCUGAGUGAACUUUUAAUCUGCGAGAGACUGACUGCAGCAGAGGUGGAUUUGAAGAAGCCAGACCUUGACCAAAGAUGCUGAAGUACAACAUUAGGACAUUUCUACUCUAGAACCUCCUUCACAGUGGUGUGAGACCAUGCCAUCACUGAUGCCAUGCUCAUGCUAGCAUGCAGGAGGAUGCCAUCUAUCUCUUUCAGCCUCUUACUAGAGAAGGUUAUGCUAGAGGCAAUGAUUGCCAGUCACAUGGCUAACAGGCAUUGGAAACAGCCGUAGCUUCUUUAAGAGCCAUUUCCUUUCCCAGUAGUGGACCAAGGCCGCCAUGGGACUCUGCUGAACCAAUAAAACCGUACUAACAAAUGUUUAGAUUCUGGUGUAGCCAGAGCUUCUCCGCAGUGGCUGAAGUUGUCGUUUCCUCUUCUCUUUUGUGUGAUCAUCACAGAUGCCAUUUCUGUUUAGUGAUGAUUAUAGAGACUUUUAAUACAUAAAUGAACGGGUAUUGGUGCCUCUUUAUUUUUAAAAAAUUGAAGAAAAAGAGCCACCUCAUAUUCAGAGAGUAUGUGUUUUGUGAGUGUGUGAGCAUUUAAUUGAAAAUAAGUAAGGAAGUAAAUUUUUCGUUUUACUUUUUCCACAGCAGCUAAUGUGUGGGGAGACAUUAAACCCACACCAAAUCAUGUGGGGAUGGGGAUCCCCCAGUCAUCCUCUCCAGGUAGCCAGUCCCAUAGACUGUGCAGCUCAGAUUCCUUAUUUUUAUGCUGUGUAUUGUUUCCACCUCAGUGAUGGCAGCCUUUAGGACAGUGUCAAAAGCCAAGAGCUCUUGGAUUAUCUGCACAUUUCUAGCUGCUGGUAUACUACACAAGCCCUCUGGUUUCCCAGCCCAACCUCUCAGUAAGUAGACUGACAACGAUGUUGUCCGUCUCUUCAGUCCUCCGACUCAGGUUAUCUUCAGGGAAGGUAUGGAGAUGUGGCUUGUUCAGUUCAUCUCUAGGAUGUGUAUGGUGAAGACAAACCAAAUACUUUUCACCAUUGAACUGUCUGUACAUUAUCUUACAGUAGAAUACUGUGGUCUUGGGGAACACAGAGAGGGAAUAUGUAGCAAGGAUCACAUACAAAGCUUGGUGUUUCAUAAGCCUGCAGCGGACAGGUUAUAUGUGGUACUGCAGUGUUCACCAUAAGCAGGUACAAGCUUCAUUAACUUUCCAUUCUGAAUUACAAUUGAGUAGAUACCAAAAACAGAGUGGCAAAUGUAUUUUAGUAGCAGGCGAGGCAGUUAGUUUUAGGGCGAAUUUUCCGCUGUUGAUUUUACUUCAAGAUGUAGCAAGAGAAAAUUUUUUAAGGCAUUUUUAAGCUGUAGCAGGCAUAUGCUUCAUUUAUUUCCAAAGAGGAAAAAGCAGCUAAGACUCAGCAUGUGCUUCGCUCCAUGGUAUGGGUGGAUACCUACACUUUCUGGUAGCCGACUUAAGCCGCUCCCACCAGGCAGGUGUGGGCUUCUGUAGGAUUUAGUGCCUGAACAUUUCUUUUGGGAAGGGGCUGGAGCGAAUGUCCUGGGAUGGGAGGGAAGCAGAAGGACACAGGAGUGCGAAUGAGUGUGCAUGUGUGGAAAUUCCCCAUCACGCCCAAAGCCAGCAAGCAACCGCUGCUGGCCCUGUUCCAUUCAUGACCGCAGCGCGCAUGUACGUCACCGUGUUUUCUAACCCACACUAAGAACUCAUCAGAUGAUCUUGCUCAGAUGGCUCAGGAUUGUAUUUCUUUGGCUUACCCCGUGCUCCUGGGUUCUAUAGUGUUUCUAUAAUUAUGAAUAGUGUUGCACUGUAAUCUAUCAUAUAGAGCUAUAUGUAUGGAAAUUUUUGAUCAGUUUUUUAAGAGAUGUAUCCUGUUUGCAAAGGCACAAUAAAAUUGCAUCUUCUAGAUUAUAGGCAAUAAAGGUAACAAUAAACCUUACUUAAAUCAUACUGAUACUCUCUGCUCAUUUGAUUUUGGGGGGGAAAAGUUAACAUAUCCAGUAGUUUCAGGGAUCUCAUUUUAACUUAAAAAAUCUGAUAUAUUUAAUUUAUAAAUUUCGGACUGAUACAAUAGUUUGGAAAACUAUAAGAAAUGCUUUGUUAAUGUGUGUAUUCCUAUGUAAAACAUAUAGCUUCUCCUGUGUAUAUUUUUUAAGAUUAAAGAAUUGCACAUUUAAAAA